AUGGCUCCAUACAUGAGCAAUCCGUCCAGCGAUGGAAAAGCAUUGGAUCCACCUAAGUCAUCUGGAAUACGCGUGGUUAUAGUCGGAGCUGGUUUCGCUGGCCUCACAGCGGCAAUUGAGUGCUCAAGGAAAGGUCACACUUGUGUUGUUCUCGAUGCGGUGAAAGAGAUGAAACAGCUCGGGGAUAUCAUCUCAUUCGGAUCCAAUUCGGGGCGUAUCUUUCAGCGUUGGCCUGGCGUUCCCGAGAAACUAGCGCCAAUCUGCCACAACUCCCAGAAACUACAGUAUAAGAUGUGGACUGGAGAAGAUCUGUACACGCAGUGGUGGGGUAGCGAGCAAGAGAACUUCGGCAAGCGAUACAAUGGGCAUCGCGGAGAGAUUCACAAAAUUGUCUACGACCAUGCUGUUUCUCAGGGGGUUGAGAUAUUGUUGGGCCAGAAUGUGACAGAAUACUUUGAGAGUGAUUGUGAAGCAGGUGUAAUAGCGAAUGGCGAGCGCAUAGUUGGGGAUGUGGUCUUAGGCGCCGAUGGAGUGAGAUCGAAAGCUCGAACACUAGUUCUCGGCUAUGACGAUAAGCCCAAGCCAAGCGGAUACGCGAUCUAUCGCGCGUGGAUGAAUAGCGAAGAGCUUGCGAAGAAUGAGCUGACAAGAGAUUUGGUGAUACACGGAGACACUCACACGGGCUGGUUAGGUACGACAGGUUGAUCAAUUGUUGUGAUGGCGUAAGCUCGCUGACCUCAUCUGAUUCUGCACGCCAGGACCUGAUAUCCAUUUUCUAGCAGCUUCAAUCAAGGACGGCAAGGAAUUCAGCUGGGUCUUCACUCACAAAGACGAGCGAGACGUCGACGAGGGCUGGUCUGAGCCUGGAAAUCAUCACGAUGCAUGCCGCAUCUUGGAAGGGUGGGAUCCAGCUGUGCACGCCAUUGUCCAAAUGACGCCACCGGAAAAGCUGGUAGACUGGAAGCUGGUGUAUCGUGAUCCCCUACCGACGUGGAUCUCCUCCAAAGGCCGCAUAGCUCUAAUAGGCGAUGCCGCUCACCCGUUUCUGCCAACCUCCAUACAAGGUGCUUCCCAAGCAAUGGAGGACGGUGCAUGUAUUGCUGUGUGCUUGCAGCUGAGUGGAAAGCAGCACGUGAGCGACGCUCUCAGGGCGUAUGAAAGGAUCAGGUACGAGCGCGUGAGGAAAACACAAAAGACGGGUGAGCAGACUAGGGAUCAAUGGCACAAGGUAGCUCUUCCCUCUCAAAUGCUUGGAUUGCGUCCUCACACAUCCUACAGGCCGACUUCGAAAACUUGAAGAAGAACCCCGAAGCCAUCAAGCUCAAACGUGACCCGGAGGUGUUGAAUCACGACGCGGAAGCACAUGCCUAUCAGAUGCAUGCAGAGGUUGUCGACUCACUUUGCAAUUGA